AUGGAGGAAGACAUUCUCCACUUUCUUAGAGACUGCCCACACUCUAGGGAAAUUUGGAGAAUGGCAGGAGCCCUAAGGUGGCCAGGUUUUCUAGCUGAAGACUAUAGACAUUGGGUGCGGCGGCAAGCUCAGGGGGUGCACAGCGUGAAAUUGAUGCUCUGCCUCUGGGGAAUCUGGAAGUGGAGAAAUAACAUGGUUUUUGAACCAUCUCCUUGGCCCCUCCAAGAAGCAUGGCGGCGCAUUUGCCAUGAGCAUGAUGAUACCGUAAAAGCCAUGGAUAGAGGCCUUCAACCGACGGAAGCAGGGUGGCUUUGCAGUAGAUGGAAGCUGCCACCAACGGGUUAUGUUAGUCUGUGUGUGGAUGGUAGCUAUCAAAGCCAUGAGCAUUGUAUGGGGGCAGGAGGGUUGCUGCGCGAUGAGCUAGGGAAGUGGGUGAGAGGUUUCCAGGCUUUCCAAGCAGGAGGGAACCCACUGUUAUCAGAAGCUUGGGCCUUGAAAAUAGGAUUACAGAUAACUUGGGAUACAGACUUCAGAGAUGUGAUUUGUAAUUUGGAUUGUGGUGAGCUUCUAAAAUCAUUGGGAGAAGUUGACAGCAGACAUUUCCUCCCUAUCUUGGAUGAUAUUAUUCAGUUAUUGGAUAGACCGUGGAGAGUCUCUUUGAGUGCCUUCAGCCGUGAUUGUAACAUGCCUGCCGACUGGUUAGCCAAAAGAGGAGCUUCGAACCCAGAACUGCCUCUUUGUCUGCUAGAUACUCCGCCUAUGGGGCUUGAAACCCUCAUUAUGAGGGAUCGUUUGGCUGCUUUGUAG